AUGCUAAUCCUCAACCAUUCCAGCUUCGUGACCUUCACGCUGAUGGGCAUACCUGGCUUAGAGUCACAGCACUUGUGGCUAUCUGUUCCUUUCUUCUCCAUGUUUUUGACUAUCCUCAUUGGCAAUGGCUCUAUCCUUUUCCUGGUGGCCACAGAGCCCACACUUCAUUCACAAAUGUACCUGCUUCUGGCCCUACUGAUGGUGGCUGACCUCAUAUCCACUCUGGCUGUGGUGCCCAAGCUCCUCUGCCUCUUCUGGUUCAAUGAUGGGGACAUAGCUGUCAAUGCCUGUUUCACUCAGAUGUUUUUCAUCCAUGGAUCAUCUGUGAUACGAUCGGCCCUCCUUGUUUCAAUGGCUUUUGACCGCUUUGUUGCCAUAUGUGAGCCCUUACGCUACAACAUAAUUCUGAGCCAUUCUUUAGUUGGACUCCUGGGACUGCUGGCUCUUGCCAAGGGUGUGAUCCUUGUCUUGCCCAUGCCUCUUCUACUUCAAAGAUUAACCUUCUGCCACACGGCCAUUCCUCAUACCUACUGUGAUCACAUGGCUGUGGUGAAGAUGGCCUGUAACCACACCAGGCCCAAUUGUGUCUAUGGGCUCUUCGUGAUCUUGCUUGUGGUGGGACUUGAUCUGCUGCUCAUUGGCUUCUCUUAUGCCCUUAUCCUUCAGACUGUGGUACGCCUCAGCUCUCGAGAUGCCACCUGCAAAGCCCUCAACACCUGCUCAGCACACCUCUUUGUCAUCCUUGUCACCUAUGUGCCUGCACUCUUUUCCUCUAUCACCCACCGCAUUGGUCACAAUAUCCCACCACAUGCACAUGUUCUCCUUGCCAAUCUCUACCUUCUCCUGCCCUCAAUGCUCAACCCCAUCAUCUAUGGUAUAAAAAUGAAGGAAAUAAGGGGCAAGAUGACCAAAUGCCUGUACAGAAGAAUGGCACAGAAUAGAGUCAAAGCCUGCACAACAGAAGAGGAUCAGGAGAAGCUGAUGCAAAUUACAAGUCUGCAUUCACGGAAUGCCUUCUUGCUGCCAAUUAAAACUGUAGGUGUGCAGGGUGACUGUCGUUCCUACAGUUACGUGUGUGGAAUCUCCAGUAAAGAUGAACCUGACUGGGAAUCUCUUAUUUUUCUGGCGAGGCUUAUACCUCGCAUGUGUCACAAUGUUAACAGAGUUGUUUAUAUAUUUGGCCCACCAGUUAAAGAACCUCCUACAGAUGUUACUCCCACUUUCUUGACAACAGGUGUGCUCAGUACUUUACGCCAAGCUGAUUUUGAGGCCCAUAACAUUCUCAGGGAGUCUGGGUAUGCUGGGAAAAUCAGCCAGAUGCCGGUGAUUUUGACACCAUUACAUUUUGAUUGGGACCCACUUCAAAAGCAGCCUUCAUGCCAGAGAUCUGUAGUUAUUCGAACCUUUAUCACUAGUGAUUUCAUGACUGGUAUACCUGCAACACCUGGCAAUGAGAUCCCUGUAGAGGUGGUGUUAAAGAUGGUCACUGAGAUUAAGAAGAUUCCUGGUAUUUCUCGAAUUAUGUAUGACUUAACAUCAAAGCCCCCAGGAACUACUGAGUGGGAGUAA